ACAUUUAACUGUUAAAAAAGGAAUACAACACUGAUGCAUGCUAAAUCAGGAUUAUCAAUCGCAUAUCGAUUACAUUAGCAUCAAUUGAUUUUUGCUUAUGAUCCAAUUUCGCAACAUUCUGCAAUCGUUCAUUGAACUACACGAGGAUGAAGAAAACUGAGAGAAUGAUGAACGUGGAGACGCAGUAGAAAGUGAAGAGAGAUCAAAAUCUAGUGUGAAAAUGAGUAAACUGCAUCUUAUAGAACUGUUUAAUCCAACGGUUAAGAUUGAGUGCAAAGCAAUGGAAAAUCCAAUCGAAACCGAAUCCGAAGAACAAGAACAAGAACAAUCAAACUCACAGGACUCGUCAACUUCAUCACAAGAUCGUCAUAAGUGGAUAACCGAGCAAGAUAAUCUGAGGGAAAAGCUAAUCACUGCGGAUAGUUUCACAUGGAAAUUGCCAACGAUAUCACAAAUUGGCGCCGAAGAUUUGAGAUUCGUUGGUGGCGUUGAUAUAAGCUUCUCAAAGGAUGAUCCAUCAAUCGCGUGUGGUACCCUUGUAGUGUUGGAUUUCCGUACUCUCCAAGUUGUGUUUCAGGAUUUCUCUUUCGUCACUCUCAGUGUUCCUUAUGUGGCUGGCUUCCUUGCCUUUCGUGAGGCUCCAGUUCUUCUAGAUAUCCUGGAGAAAAUGAAAAGGAGUGAUAAUCCUUUCUACCCUCAGUUGUUAAUGGUUGAUGGAAAUGGAAUACUUCAUCCACGAGGUUUUGGCCUGGCCUGUCAUAUUGGAGUUAUGGCCAAUCUUCCAACAGUUGGGAUUGGAAAGAGUUUGCAUCAUGUGGACGGUCUCCAUCACUCUAGAGUUCGAAAACUUCUUGAAGCCAAAGAAAACUCUUCUAAAGAUUUUAUUCCAUUGGUUGGUUGCUCCGGGCAAACAUGGGGAGUGGCCAUGAGAUCUACACAAGGUUCUAUAAAGCCGAUAUAUAUAUCAACCGGUCACAGAAUAUCACUCCAGACUGCCACUGCGAUUGUUCAGAUGACUUGCAAGUACCGUAUCCCUGAACCAAUUAGGCAGGCUGAUAUAAGAUCAAGAGACUACAUUCGAAAGUUUGAAAUGAAUGCCAGACUGAAGCAAAUUGACUGAUAUAGAGUACACCUCGAUGUCUUUUUUAAACUUUUUUCCCCAUCACUUCUUAAACACCAGAAAUGUAUUGUACUAUUGCUCAUUACUCAUUACUAAUUCUUUACUUUCA